GCGUGCGCCCUGGGGCCCAAGUUGGGUCGCGCCUUGGCUAGAGCGCGGAGAGCGGCGGGCAGUGCAGCCAAUGGGAAGCGGCGUUGCCUAGCGGCUGGGAGGCGGGGCUUGCGCGGGUGUUAGGUUAGCGCGAGGCGUGACCUAGUUGACAGGCUCUGAGGUGCUGCUGUGGCGGCGGCCGCGGGGCUGAGGCGGGUGGGAGCCGGAGCCAAGCGCGGGCUGAGGGAGGAGGGCGGCGACUGGAGAGCGGCGAGCGGCGAGCAGCGCAGGACGCGGAGCCUUUUUCACUUUUUCCCUCCCGAGUGCCCCCUUCCGCCCCUCCCACUCCACACACACCCUGUUUGCCCGUGAGCCUGGGGAACUUGCAGCUUAAAGCCAGCCACCCCCACGGCAACAUGUACCCCAGCAACAAGAAGAAAAAGGUGUGGAGAGAGGAGAAAGAACGUUUACUGAAGAUGACCGUAGAGGAGAGGCGCAAAGAAUACCUAAGAGACUAUGUUCCCCUGAACACCAUUCUGUCGUGGAAGGAGGAGGUGAAGGGCAAGAGCCAAAAUGAUGAAGAAAAUACUCAGGAAAUAUCCCAGAUGAAGAAAAGUUUGGCAGAAAAAGUUUCUCUCUAUAGAGGUGACAUCACAUUGCUAGAGGUAGAUGCUAUAGUCAAUGCGGCAAAUGCCAGUCUUCUUGGAGGAGGAGGUGUGGAUGGCUGUAUUCAUAGAGCAGCUGGCCCCUGUUUGCUAGCUGAAUGUCGUAACCUGAAUGGCUGUGAUACUGGACAUGCAAAAAUCACAUGUGGCUACGACCUGCCUGCAAAAUAUGUCAUCCAUACUGUAGGACCAAUAGCCAGAGGCCAUAUUAAUGGUUCCCACAAGGAAGACCUUGCAAAUUGCUAUAAAUCAUCUCUGAAGCUGGUGAAAGAAAAUAACAUCCGAUCAGUUGCAUUUCCCUGCAUCUCAACAGGCAUUUAUGGCUUUCCCAACGAGCCUGCUGCAGUCAUUGCCCUCAACACCAUUAAGGAAUGGCUUGCCAAGAAUCACCAUGAGGUGGAUCGGAUCAUUUUCUGUGUCUUCUUAGAAGUUGACUUCAAAAUCUACAAAAAGAAAAUGAAUGAGUUUUUCUCUGUAGAUGAUAAUGAAGAGGAGGAGGAUGUUGAAAUGAAAGAAGAUUCAGAUGAGAACGGUCCAGAGGAAAAGCAAAGUAUGGAAGAAACGGAAGGGCAGAGCGGAGAUACAGAUGGUGUCAACACUGUCACUGUGCCUGGUCCCGCUUCAGAUGAGGCAGUUGAAGGCUGUAAAGAUGAAGAUUCUGCAAAGGAUGACAGUACUACAAAAGGUGGUGAAGUGACAGAUCAUUCUGUGUGUGACCAAGAUCGCCCUGAUGGGCAAGAGAAUGAUUCAAUGAAGAAUGAAAUAAAAAUUGAAACAGAGUCCCAGAACUCAUAUAUGGAAACAGAAGAACUUUCAUCGAAUCAAGAAGAUGCCGUGAUUGCGGAGCAACCUGAAGUGAUUCCACUAACAGAUGACCAAGAAGAAAAUGAAGGUGAAAAAGCUCUAGGCAAGGACACACCUAGACUGCCUGGGAAAAGUGAAGGCUCCAGUGACCUAGAAAAUAUUCCAGGUCCUGAUGUUGAAAUGAAUACUCAGGUUGACAAUGUAAAAGACCCAACAGAGAGUCAACAAGAAGAUCAACUAAUAGGGGCACAAGAUGAAACCAAGGAACAAAGAAAUGGAACUAAAUGACAAUCCUCAGCAUCUCAAGGCCUCUCCUGGCUCUGGGGGAGUUCGGGAAGAUAGCAGCACAUGCUGUGGAGGAGGGUGGGGGUGGGGGGAAGGCAAGUCCCACGGAAGGACGGGGAAUCCUUUGCUCUAAUUUCUCCAGCUGCAUUAUGUUUCGUUUAUCUGCAGAAAAAGA